AUGAGACUUACGGGCGUUAGCAACUCGUUGGAGGGCUUGAGCCUGAGCGUAGGCAAUCCUCACCGCGUCCUUGUUGUCGGUUGCGCAUACGGCGGUAUAUCUGCCGUGGUUAAUCUCCUCGAUUAUGCACAAGGGAAGCCACGACAGAGUGUCUAUCCAGGCGGCCCGGAUUUCAAGGGGGCGCAAAGUAGGAGAGGGGUUGAAAUCACCGUUAUCGAUGAGCGAGACGGUUACUUCCACUCUGUUGGUGCUCCACUCGCUCAUGUCACACCGAAGCAUACAAACCAAAUGUGGAAGAGGUUCAGUCAUCUCAAUGAGCUCAAACAACCAAACCUCCGCUUCAACCAUGGAAGUGUUAAGAACAUCAACCCAGAAGCCAAGGUCGCCGAAUGGUGCGACGGUAAUGGCAAGACACAUCAACAAACAUAUGACUACCUCGUCAUGGCCACUGGCCUAAAGAGGACCUUUCCCGCCGUUCCCAAGUCCGGAAGCUUCGAAGAGUAUCAAAGAGAUGCCAAGGCGUUCAUCGAGAAAAUCACUGGCGGUGACGCAUCGAAAGGCCAAGGAAGGAGAGUAGUAGUCAUUGGCGCGGGUGCUGUUGGGGUUGAAUUUGCUGCUGAGAUCAAGAGCUAUUACCCACAUAUUGAGGUUACGCUGGUACACUCACGGAGCGAAGUCCUCUCCUCCGAGCCACUACCUGCAGACGUCAAAGAGCGCGUGAAGAUACUUCUGCAGGAAGAGGGUGUUGACCUUAUUCUUGGUAGUAGGGCAUCCAGCACGAGUCUGCCCAAUGGACAAUUCACCGUCACACUCGCAAAUGGCGACCCUGUAACAGCAGACUUUGUCGUCGACUUUACGAGAAAAGGCACACCGACCACGCAUGUUCUACCCAAGGAGUGCUUGAACAAAGACAAGGAGAUCAUGGUCCACCAAUCGCUCAUGUUCAAAGACACCAUUCCAAACGCUUCCUGUCACUUUGGUGUUGGUGACGUCAUUGCCUGGUCGGGCAUUAAGCGCGCAGGUAGCGCGACGGUCAUGGGCCAGACGGCUGCUCAAAACAUAUAUUCUGCCAUGUUGAACUCGGAGCUUCCCCCUUCAUCAGAGCAAUAUGGCACGGCCGAGCUACCCGCAUGGGAUGCUGUUAUUGGUAUUGCAGUUGGAAAGCAAUGUCUGACGUAUGACCCGAAGAACGGCAUAAAGUAUGGUGUUGAGGUUAUGAAGUCGUACUUUGGUGAUGACCUGGCCUGGACGAGUACCCUGAAGUAUCUGUGUUUGACCGAUGUGGUGGAGAGGGCGGAUAGUCCCGUCGAAGAGAUUGAAGCGACCAAGAUGACCGAGGUGGGGAUUAAGCCGGUUAGUUCGGAGGCAUAGGCAGAGGUUCCUGGAGAACAGCCUACUCGGCAAGGAUCUGGAGUGUUUUCAACGCUGGGGGAAGGGCCGUGUUUGCGGGGGAUGAACACUACCAGGACCGCAAAUAGCAAGGUGGAGCGCACUAAACUUUUGAUCCCGAGACCGUUUUCCGCACGUGGUCGCUGACGUGCAUCUGCAUAUGCAACCUGCAUCAUGCGUCUUCAGAUAGCUUCACCUUGUCGCGUCACACCUUCAACUCAUUUUUAUCAUCCUUGAA